AGUAAAUCGAUACGUAUACAAUGAAUCUUCAAAUCCACAUAUAUCUGUAUAUGUUUCGACGGAUGUACUGAUUCAUGUUCUUUCAUGCUACUUGUUCAUCUGAUAUAGUAUGAAUGUUGACGGAAGUAUCGAUAAACCUUCGUGGGCAUGCAAAGCAAUGUAUUUUGUGAACGGAAUUUUACGCAUAAAACGCCAUUUUGUUUCAAUCCUGUACCGUAUGGUUUAAUUAUUAUUUGGAGAGCAGUGCUCUUCUAAAGGAAACGGGAAUGGUGGAGUACGGCUGCAAUAUAUUUUAUAAUUUAAUGUCUACAAGUAGACCCUUUUGUCUGCAAUCGCAAGAUAUAUAUGGUCCACUAUAUGGUCCAUAAUAUGAAUGCGAGGUGCUUGUGAAAGAGUCUUCCAAUGCCUCUUCAUCAGAUUCUUAUCUUGUAGGUUUGAGACAUCGUAUCAUACGCUUGUGUGCCUUGUACAUAGUUGUGGUUUAUAUGUAUUCUCCGAUGUAUUCAGGAAGCGGAUAGGUUUGGUCAAUUGACGAAUAACAUCAUUAUGGAUACCCCGGGGGGCUGGAGCAGGAGGUACGAACGGAUGGUCGCACAGGUGCCACGACAAAAACAAUCCAAUGACGAUAGAGGGACACAUUUUUUCCAGGGCAAUUGGGAACCUGUUAUAGGUUGUGAGACCAUGAGGAAAAUAGGUGACAUCUCGGACUCUGGAAAGUGGAUAUGUAAUCCGGACAAUAUGAAGAAAACCGGCGAAAAGGUUCUAAUUUAUUCGCUAGGGUCACGUAAUGAAUAUGACUUCGAGGAGGAUAUGUACAAGUUCUUCGAAGGCAAUGUAGAAAUCCAUACUUUCGAUUUCGGCGAACCAAGGAACACGCCGCACUACGUGAACUACCAUCAGUGGGGCAUUGGAGGUGAAGACGUAGAGACUGAAAGGGGUACCUUCAAGACUUUGCACACAAUAAUGGAACUACUAGGUCACAGCGACAAAGUUAUAGACGUCUUCAAAAUGGACAUCGAUGGAGCUGAGUGUGAUGCACUCAUCCCAACGAUAAAAAACGGCUGGUUCAACAAGAUCAAUCAGCUUCAAAUGGAAAUCCAUUUGCGCGGUCCAAAGGUUCCGAACUCACCGAAUGCGCUUGAGGUGCACGAGAUGAUGAUGCUGUUACGUGAGCAUAGCCAUUUAGAGGUCUUCAAUAAGGAGCCGAACACUAUGCAUGCGGGAGGAUGUAUUGAGGUUGCGUGGGUGAAGGUUGAUUGGGCUCAGUUGGCAGGCCUAAUGCCUGGAUUUGAUAUGAAGAAGGUGUAUGACCGGGAAUUGUAUAAAUUUUAGGUUUGCUUUAUAAUUAAUUAUUCCGGUCGCUUACGCGCGGCUAGGAUGCAGGAUAAAUUAGCGACAACACGACCUACAAAGGAACGCUGACCAAGACUGGGUUCCUUUGAAAUAAGGUCUGAUGAAUGAUAAUAAAUGUCCUGUGAGUGUGUACAGUAUUAGGAUUGGUCAAAAUUGUAGUCACCCACCACAUCAGUCCUUGUAAAUUGUAGCAGAAUAGCCAAUUAGUCUUUCCGAUCAGAUUUCAAAAGCACCUUCAUUCAAUCAGACUUUAAAAGCACCACUAUUCAAAAGCAUUUGUCUUGUCACGCAAACACCU